AUGAAAACCAUCGUCGAUAGUUUACAACCACCUGUACAUAUUAGAAUGUUUCGCCUAAUAACAAGAAAUUCACAAUCGGUGAGAUUGGUUUCUCCAACUAGGACUGUCCUUGGUUUUGCUAAAUGUGCCGUUGCAACCAAAACCCAAGCUCCACAUUUUCACACAACAUCGUUCCUUCAAGGAAGGAAAAAUCAGAAACUGAAUAAGGCAAAGCAACUGAGGGUCGAGAGAGAAGACGAAUUUGUUGAGCAUGAGGCACAAACGGAAGCAGUUACGCCAACCAUCGAUUUCAAAGAUGCAGAGGAGAGAUUUCAGCAUGUACUUGAAAAAUUUGAAAAAGCCGCUAACGAGAUCAAGUUGGGAAGAUUGAACCCUAGAGUGUUUGACAAUCUCAUGGUUGCUGUUAAAGAUGGUAAUAAAUCGGAAGAAGUACCUUUCACUUCCGUUGCGCUGACGUCUAUGAAGGGUAGAAACUUUAUCGUGACCAUGUUUGACCCACUGCAAAGUGCCGCCAUCAUCAAUGCCAUUAUUGGGUCUGGUUUAAAUAUGAGUGGAACUACCGACCCCAAUAACAAAUUUAACCUUAGAAUCCCCAUGCCUCCCGUGACUCAAGAAACCAAACAAAAUGACCUCAAACAAUUAAAAGAGCUUUAUGAAAAGACCAAGAAUGGUGCAAGAGGUUCACUCACCGGUGUUAGAGGCGAAGUUAGACAGAAGUUUCACGGAAGUUUAAAAACUCACAAACUUUCAGACUCCGAGAACAAACAACUUUUACAGUUGGAGAAAUUGUACAAAUUGUUUGCUGAUAAAUUACAAGAUGUACAUAGAAAGUUUGAAAAAAGUAUAAUGAGUCCGAAUUAA